CAAACAUUUAAGACUGUCUGCAGUUGUUGUACGUGAAGAUUCGGCCGAAUUCUGAAGUUGAUGUCACCCUGUAUCUGGUGGUAUUUACAGGUAUAAUGUCCAUGUCACCACAUGUCCCUUGCCAGCAUAUCCUUUCAUCCAAUCAAAACGAAGGGGAGCUCUUAUGUUCAUUGAGGGCUGGUGAAAUAGACAUUAUUGCCAUGAGAGUCAAUAUCGCUAUGAAUGUGGCAAUGAAGACAAGGAUCGUUGCAAUUGCUGAAGCUGUGAGAGCCGCAGUUUUUAGGAAGCUAAAUAUUGGACCAUGUGAAAUGUGUGUGAAAUAAAUCAUCCGGUAAUGGAGGUCACGUCGUAUAUGAGAAAAUAUUAUGUUUUAAGUGUUGUUCAUCCUGUAUUUGUCUACCCAGGUGUCAACUGUGCAACCCUGUCCAGGAUUCCGGCGAUGGCAGCCGAGGACAUGGAGGAAAUAGCACAAUAUGCAUCAUGGCAUGCAGCCAACACCAUGAAGCGGUACAGGGCCGACGCCCAGCGAGACGAGUCGAAGGUUCGUCGCCACUACGACAGUCUCUGCAGCUCCGGUGUCUUCAGCAACGAAUUCUGCUCUGUGUAUGAGCAGAUGGCCUGGGCAGCAGCUUGGAGCACAGCCAGUGAGAGGUUUGGCACGAAGAAGGAUGCUAGGCUGUACAAGAAGAAAUGGUUGGAUUUCCACAUGGAACUGUUCAGGAGCAAAGAGGUGACCAGCCAGCUUGCCAAUGACCUGCGUAGUCUGUGUUGGUCAUCAGCCUGGUACACGGCCAACACGAGGAAGGGUUACAGGAGAGAUGCGGAGGCGGAUGUCAGGGAGAUGGAUGUGUAUUAUGACAGGAUCCGGAUCCUGAUUCAUACACAAGCAAGGCUGAGAAUGAAGAUGGAUAAUGCUGUAGCAGCAUGACACGGAAGCCACUUAGACGGGGAGCCAAUCUGACAGGACACAGUAUACACAGAUGGGUUGAUUAUUGCUCAUGUGUUCAUAGCAGGUGGCUGGGAUGAACCAGCCCUUUGGUGCGUUUGAUAUUUUUGUGCAAGAAAGUGCUGCCAUG